AUGCAUGUGGAGCUGUGUGAGGUGGUGGGGUCGAGGACAAAGACACACCAUGACAGGAUCUCUCUGGCAGGCCUCAACCAGCUUCCCAGUGUACCCCAGAUAGCUAAGCUUCUCUGCGACGACGUGACUGGCCUGAAGUUCAACCCAGUCCUGUACCCCAGAGGCUCUCAGUUGAUAGUAGGUUAUGACGAACAUGAAGUGAACAAUACCUUUAAGUUUGGUGUCAUCUACCAGAAGUUUGGUCAGACGUCAGAGGAGGAGUUGUUUGGGAACAACGAGGAGACGCCAGCCUUCCGAGAGUUCCUCAGUGUUCUGGGAGACAACAUAGAGCUGAAUGACUUUAAGGGGUUCCGUGGUGGUCUGGACGUAUCUCACGGUCAGACAGGCUCUGAGUCCGUCUACACCGUCUUCAGACAGAGAGAGAUGAUGUUCCACGUCUCCACUAAACUACCCUUCACCGAGGGAGACGUACAACAGCUCCAGAGGAAGAGGCACAUAGGAAAUGACAUCGUGGCGGCGGUCUUCCAGGAAGACGCCACCCCCUUUGUGCCUGACAUGAUCGCCUCCAACUUCCUCCAUGCGUAUGUGCUGGUGCAGGUGGAGAACCCUGGUACUGAACACACUACAUACAAGGUGUCUGUUACAGCGAGGGAAGAUGUACCUCCAUUUGGCCCACCUCUCCCCAAUCCAGCGGUCUUCAAGAAGGGUCCUGAGUUCCGCGACUUCCUGCUGACAAAGCUGAUCAAUGCAGAGAACGCCUGCUACAAGUCUGACAAGUUUGCCAAGCUAGAGGGGCGGACACGAGCUGCCUUGCUGGAUAACCUUCACGAUGAGCUCCACAGACAGACCCAGGCUACUCUGGGGCUUGGCCAGGCUGGGGAGGAGGACAAGCUGGAGAACGGGGGCCAUGGGGGACUGCUGGAGUCCUUCAAGCGUGCGAUGCGCGUCCGGAGUCACUCCAUGGAGACCAUGGUGGGGUCCCACCGUCACCGGAGUCCAGGGGUGGGAGGGGGGGUACCGGCCAGCUUGAGUGGAGGGGGGCUGCCGCAGAGCACCGAGUGCACAAAGAGUACCUUCUCGCCACCAAUGAUGUCAGCCAAGUCUCCCCUAAAGAGUCCAGUGAAGCGUCGUUCAGGCCUCUUCCCCCGCCUCCACUCCAGCACAGAGAGCCCCUCGGACAGACACACACGCAGUGACCAAAAGACCCCAGACAUCUGCCCCCUCGGACAGGAAGGGAGAUCAGAGACGUCAUCCAACCCCAGCUCGCCAGAGAUCUGCCCCAACAAGGAGAGGCCGUUUCUCAAGUUGAAGGACUGCAGCAUCAGCAGACCCAACAUCUCUCGCUCCUCCUCCAGCACCAGCAGCUUCAGCAGUACCACCGGAGAGGGAGAGGCCCUGGAGGAGCUUGACACUGGAAUCCACCCAUCCAUAGCCUCGUCGUCCGUGUUCAGCCCCUUCCCGUCCCUCAGCGUGGAGAGCCAAGGCUCGGCCACCCCCCUCAUCAUGUGUCGCAGUCCCACAGAUGUGAAGAGUAAAAUGUCUCCUAGGUCAAACUUGAAGUUCCGCUUUGACAAGAUGAGCCACUCCACAACAUCCGAGUAGAAAUCUGAAUAUUCCAAAAAAGGGACAACACUGGCUGUUGGAGC